UCUCACCGUGCUCGGUCCUUUCGUGCAAUGGAGAAUUAACGCGACACGCCUGCUGCCUGGAUCGUGAAGAUAGACCGGGCGCCCCGUUGAAUUUCCUCUCUCCCGAAUCGCGGAACCAAAAGGGAGACACGGCUCAACCGCCCAAGGCAGAGAUCUGCGCCACCCAGUCUCGGAUAAAACCGUUCCCGAACAUACAUACACAUCUGUUCCUCCCGUUGUAGCAGCAGCUGUGGGCAGGGCCGGCUACAAUCAUGGUGACAUGCAAGCAGCACGGGUGCAGCAAGGUUGGCUCAUUCGGGGUUCAAGGCACCCGGACGGCAGAAUACUGCGCGACCCACGCUAAAGACGGGAUGCUGAAUGUCAUCAGCAAGAGGUGUGACCACCCAGGUUGCUCCAAGCACCCUUCGUACGGCCGCAAGGGAUCGAAAAAGGCGGAGUUCUGUGUCGCGCACGCUUCCAAGGAUAUGGUGGACGUGUGCAGCAAGAGGUGCGGCCAUGCGGGGUGUACCAAGCGAUCUUCCUACGGUGCACCGGGUAGCAAGAAGCCCGAGUUCUGCCUCGAUCACGCGAAAAAGACGAUGAUCGAUGUCGUUAGCAAGAGGUGCGCGCACAGCGGUUGCAACAAGUGGCCGUCGUACGGCAUGCCCGCCUCCAAAAAGGCCGAGUUCUGUGCAAAUCAUGCGAGGCCGGGGAUGGUGGGCGUGUGCAACAAGCGCUGCGCUCACCCCGGUUGUACGAAGCAGCCAAAAUACGGUGUCGCCGGCAGCAAGAAGCGGGAGUUCUGUGCGCCACAUGCAAAGGGAGGGAUGGUUGACGUGUACAACAAGAGGUGCGGCUUUCAGGGCUGCACGAAGGGGCCAUCGUACGGCGUGGUCGGCUCCAAGAAGCGGGAGUUCUGUGCGCAGCACGCGAAAGAGGGUAUGGUGAACGUCUGCAGCCGGAAGAGAGCGAGAGAUCUGAGGGAUGCGCGCCUCGCCGUCGAGGCGGCCGCUUCUGCCCGCCCCAAGCUAGACUCGCAGCAGCAGGCGGGCGGAGACUCCAACGUGAACGGCGGGGUGUACAGCGUCGCCAACUCCUCCGCCAACUACUCGAGGACCUUCUGCGGAUCAGGAACUGGCGGGCGCACGGGCGGCGACAGCGGCAGCGGGGGAGGCACGCCGUUCCAGCGGCAAGGUCCUGGCGGCAUAUCCUUCCUCAGCGACACCCAUCCCAUAGCUGGAGGUACGGAGAGCUUCGACCGGCACCUCUACUCCCCAAUGGACAUCCAAACAUUUGCCGGGUCCAUGAUAAGGCAGGGUACCACCGCCGCCGGCGGCGGGGGGGGGGCACUCGGCGGUAACAUGUUCGAACUACAGGGCGGUGCGGGCGCGACUACCUCUUCAACCAGCAGCGGGGACCCUCACGCCGGCGCGGGGGGCGCUCUGCAGGGCGCGCUGGCGGCGGCAACAGCGGUCCCGCCCGCCAACUCCGCGGAAGACGCCGCCGUGGCGGAGCUCGUGAUGGGGCUCAAGAACAGGAGAACCCAGGACGGGGAAGGGGUUGAUGAUGGUGAUGAUGAUGCGGAGGGUGCUCGAGGCGUCACGCCUGCCAACAACGAGCGGUCGAUCUAGCUGCAGCGAAGGUGCACCGCGCUACCGCUGCGACAUUUGGGACACUUGGGCCACAUACCCCUGGCAAACGCUCGCGAUGGCCGUUCGGAGCCCGUCAACCCUAGCCCUCGCGCGCGCACCUCGCGAACCACGCCCUGAUGACAUGGAAACCUCGGAGACGAUGAGACGAUGGUCAGAUCAACGUAACCCAAAGGGUUAAAGAAGUGGGUGAGGGAGACCGGGAGAGCGGCGAUUUGAAGCAUCGGUCGGUGUCAUGCAUUGUUCACGUCGGGCCGCUUUCUGAUUCGUCUUUCAUCGAAACUCCAGGAGGGAGCUAGGUAUUUGUCGGUUGGGUUUGGGCGUAAAAUGAGGGGUUGCCCAAUAGAAGCGAGCGGUUCUGCCCUCACCGUGAAAGCUCAACGGCGUUUCCACUAAGCAGGCGAUAAAAAAACAAGCAUGCUCCCGAAGCGUCGUGAGGUAUUUGUGGAAGGGGGCGCGGAGGAGUCGAAUGACGGAAUACAGGUUUGCGGCGGUGGGCCGUUUGGCGUGUGUGUGUGCGAAAGGGAGAGAGAGGAAGGAUCACACGACGUAAUGGCUCUACAAAAAAGCCUCCUUGUUGAUUCAUCGAAGGAACGAAAAGACUCUUGGCAAACUUGUGUAUCUUAUGGUGUGAAUUUGUCGAGGCAAAGACGCUUGUAUCUCUCUCUGACGCUUGUACAGCAGUGCAUGUGGGCAAUUUUUCCCUCUUGGUGAAGUUACGAAGAGAAGCUACGAAG